AUGGCAAUCUACGACAUUGGAGAGACAGUCGUCUACCGAGGCGCCGACGGCUCCGAGUCGGUGGGAAUCAUCGACUCGGUGGUCGAGCCGCUCACCGACACAGCCAGUGCAGCGUACGAAGUGCAGGACAUCAAGACGGGACACAUGAUCCAUAUCUACGAGACGAGGAUUCUCGGCAUCAACGAUUACCAUUUUUGA